GCCUAAAAAACUCGAAACAAAUCCCAACCAAAACCAACCCAACCAAACCGUGUCCCAGAAAUGCCAGGCAGCGCCGCCGAGCAGCAGCAAGCCCGCUUCUAGAAGCUUCUAGAUCCCACGGGAGGAGAGGAGAGGGCCGGGAGCCCGCCGCGCGCCAGGAGGGUUUCCCCCGCUGCGAUGGCUUCUGCCGCCAAGUCGUCGCGGUCGCGCCCGUCCGGCCACUCUGGCGUGUUCCCCGUGAGCGCGGCCGCGGCCGCGGGAGGCGACGGCGGGGUGCAGCUCGCCGACAAGCUCAAGAUCUUCAAGACGGACAAGUUCGACCCGGACUCCUACGUGCAGUCCAAGUGCCGGACGAUGAACGAGAAGGAAAUAAGACACCUGUGUUCUUAUCUGCAAGAUCUAAAGAAAGCUUCUGCUGAAGAGAUGCGUAGAAGUGUAUAUGCUAAUUAUGCUGCAUUCAUCAGGACAUCGAAGGAGAUAUCUGACCUUGAAGGGGAGCUGCUAUCUGUCAGAAAUCUGCUAAAUACACAGUCAGCUCUAAUUCAUGGUCUAUCCGAAGGGGUUCAGAUUGAUUCCUUGACUACAGGGCUUGAAGGUGCUACAGAAGAGAACAAAUCCAGUCUUGAAGACCAGGAGCCUUCAGAAAUACAGAAAUGGCAUACAGAUUUCCCCGACUUGCUUGAUGUUUUGCUAGCUGAGAGAAGAGUGGAUGAAGCACUGGAUGCCCUGGAUGAAGCAGAACAAAUUGCUGCUGAUGCAAAACAGAAACAGACUCUUGCUACCGCUGACAUUCUUGCUUUGCAGAAGGUUAUCUCUGAGAAUCGUCAAAAGUUGUCAGACCAGCUUGCUGAAGCUGCUUGCCAGUCUUCUACUUGUGGUAUUGAACUUCGUGCUGCAGCUUCCGCUCUCAAGCGACUGGGUGAUGGACCUCGUGCUCAUAGUUUGUUGCUCAGUGCACAUAGCCAAAGGCUUGAAUCUAACAUACAGACGACACAUCCGUCUAGCACAGCAUAUGGUGGCGCGUACACAGCGUCUCUUGCUCAGCAAGUUUUUUCUGUUAUAGCUCAUGCUCUCAAUGACUCUGCAGAAGUGUUUGGUGACGAACCAGCUUAUGCAUCUGAACUAGUUACAUGGGCUGCUAAGCAAGUGCUGUCAUUUGCCUUGCUUGUAAAGAGGCAUGCUUUAGCCUCUUGUGCGGCAGCUGGGGGUUUAAGAGCUGCUGCUGAAUGUGUUCAGAUAGCACUUGGUCAUUCUUCCUUGCUAGAAGCUCGUGGUCUGUCACUUUCAGCAGUUCUGAUGAAACAAUUCAGACCGUCUGUUGAGCAAGCAAUAGAUUCCAAUUUGAGGAGAAUUGAAGAGAGUGCUGCUGCCUUAGCUGCAGCUGAUGACUGGGUACUAUCAUAUCCUUCAACUGGUAUACGCACAUUUGCUAGAUCAUCUGCUGGUAAUUUCUCACUCCAGCCAAAGCUCUCAAGCAGUGCUCAUCGGUUCAAUUCAAUGGUUCAGGAUUUCUUUGAGGAUGUCGGGCCACUGCGUAGCUUGCAGCUAGGUGGUUCUGCACUGGAUGGGAUUCUGAAAACAUUCAGUACAUAUGUCAGUCUGCUCAUGAGUGCACUACCAGGCUCAAUGGAUGAUGAAGCUAAUUUCGAAAGUCUAGGCAAUAAGAUUAUCCGGAUAGCGGAGACUGAGGAGCAGCAAUUAGCUUUGUUAGCCAAUGCAUCCUUACUUGCUGAAGAGUUGCUACCUAGAGCAGCCAUGAAGCUUUCAUCUGUAAACCAGUCCGACAUCGAUAGUAUGCGCAAAAGAGGUCCAGACAAGCCAAACCGUUCGACAGAGCAACGUGAAUGGAAAAGGAAGCUGCAACGUAUGGUGGACAAACUUAGAGAUAGUUUCUGCAGGCUGCAUGCUCUUGAUCUUAUAUUCACAGAAGAAGGUGACACUCGUCUCAGCGCAGAAACGUACAUCAAUAUGGAUAAUAAUGCUGAAGAGAUAGAAUGGGUACCAUCUCUAGUUUUUCAGGAACUGUAUGCAAAAUUAAACAGGAUGGCGGGCAUUGCUGCAGAGAUGUUUGUCGGCAGGGAAAGGUUUGCUACGUUGCUAAUGAUGCGGCUGACAGAAACAGUGGUAUUGUGGCUCUCAGAGGACCAGAGCUUUUGGGAAGAGAUUGAAGAGGGAGCAAGGGCUCUGGGUCCCCUUGGGCUUCAGCAGUUCUACCUGGACAUGCAAUUUGUCAUCCUUUUCGGGCAAGGCCGUUUCUUGUCCCGGCAUGUUCACCAAGUCAUAUUGGAUAUCAUUCAUAGAGCUAUGACAGCGUUCUCUGCUACCGGAAUUGAUCCUGAUAGCGUGCUUCCAAGCGACGAUUGGUUCGUCGAUGUUGCGCAGGAGACGAUCAGCAGGAUCAGUGGGAAGGCUCGUCCUGCCAACACGGAGAGGGAGUUGAACAGCCCAACGGCCUCUGUCUCGGCACAAUCUGUGUCGUCGGUCAGAUCCCACGGCAGUUCCUAGUGUGCAUCCAGGGUAGCCUAUUGUAGACAGGUUCUUGUGAUAUCCUAGUUCUAAGCGUUAGUGUAUUUCUCCUCUGUAUCACCUGCCUCUGCUGUUGCUGUUCAGCUAGUAUAGCUGAGCAAGGGGUUAUUUUGCCUAGUUAAAAUUCUUUGCAUCCGAGUCACAAAAGAAGAAGAAAAUCAUUUGAAUCGAGCCAUUGUUCAAAAGUUCAAAGCCAAGGUUUGUGGCUGCUGAUCAUUGCA